UGCUCCUUCGCACCCACUGCAGUUUCUGGUCUUUUAGGUCUCACUGAGACUCAUUCACUUCUCUCCUUCCUUCUCUGCUGCUGCCUGUAUUUCUCUCUAGGAACUUCUUUCCAGUUUCUUCUCCCCCCCUGUGUUUUCCUGAUUCCGAUAUACCAUUGCCGGAAACUAUCACUUCUCAUGUGAGUCUCCGGCUUUGGCGUCUACGCGUUCGUUUUGGUGAGGAUUCUGAAUGGAAUUUAUUUUUAGUUCUUUCGGAGAAGCUUUGUUUUUCUGUCUAUUCCUCUCUGUUCUGGUGGAUUCUUAAAAUUUUUUAAAGGAUCUAUAUUCAAUUGAAAUAUAGUAUGUGAACUGGCAUUUCCUAAUUUGUUCAGAUACGGAUCUCUAUCCAUUGCUGUGGCUUUUCUUUCUCUCUUUUUUUGCAGUAGUUUUCACUUACCAGGUAUUUUGGAGUUCAAAAACAACGGCUUUAUUUAUAGGAUUCAAUACUACUAGAAAUGAAAGGAGGUUUCUGUUUUAUCCAUUGCUCGUUAGAGAGGAUCUGAAGCAGCGCUAGCUGCCGAGGUCCGGUUAUGGACACAUACUCCUCCGGAGAAGACUUGGUUAUUAAGACAAGAAAACCUUAUACAAUUACCAAGCAACGUGAACGAUGGACAGAGGAGGAGCAUAAUAGGUUCCUAGAAGCCUUGAAGCUCUAUGGACGAGCUUGGCAGCGCAUAGAAGAACAUAUAGGAACAAAAACUGCUGUACAGAUCAGGAGUCAUGCACAGAAAUUCUUUUCAAAGUUGGAGAAGGAGGCUGUUGCUAAAGGUGUUCCAAUAGGACAAGCACUUGACAUAGACAUUCCACCUCCGCGUCCUAAGAGGAAACCGCACAAUCCUUAUCCUCGAAAGACUGGUGUGGGUCCUCCGCCUUCUCAUGUGGCAGUGAAGGAUGGAAAUCCUUUAAAUUGUAAACAAACUUUGGACCUGGAGAAAGAACCACCGCCUGAGAAAUCCAGUGGAGAUGAGAAGCACGCAAAUGGAAAAGAAAACCAGGAUAACAGUCGCUCAGAAGUCUUUACUGUUGUCCAAGAAGCUCACUGUCCCUCUGUGCCUUCAGCGAACAAGAAUUCUGUCCCCAUGCCAGAGGCACUAAGAAAAUCAUGCUCAGUUAGGGAGUUUGUACCUUCACUGAAGGAGGUGGUAAAUCAAGAUGCAAGUAAUGAAUCCUAUAUCACUAUUGAACUUCAUGGAAAUCAGAAGCUAGAUAAGCCUGAUGCCAAACAGACGGUUCAAGAUAAUGGCACUAAUAAAGGUGCAAAGUUGGCAUCCUGCCCUUUUCAUGAGAAAUUUGUUCAGGGAAAGAAGUCAAAUGAAUUUAACAAUGCAUUGCCAACAGAUGAAAUGGAAGCUGUGCAGAAUUAUCCAAGGCAUGUGCCUGUGCAUGUUUUAGAUGGGAGCUUGGGAACGUGCACGCAUACUCCUCCCUCAGAUGUUUCAUUCCAGGACUCCAUUUUUCAACCAAUAGGUGAAGUUCAUGGGCAUCCCAAUUUAUACUCCUAUCCAGCUGCAUCUACUACUACUCAAAAUCAGACUUAUCCUCCUUCCUUAGCCCCAACUCACCAUAAUCAAGAUGACUAUAGAUCAUUUCUCCAUAUAUCCUCCGCAUUUUCGAGUCUUAUUGUAUCAACACUGCUACAAAACCCAGCAGCCCAUGCUGCAGCAAGCUUUGCAGCAACCUUCUGGCCCUAUGCUAACAUGGCAAGUUCUGCAGAUUCUCCACCAUGUGCUCAAGGAGGUUUUCCAUCAAGGCAAAUGAAUUCAGCUCCCAGUAUGGCAGCGAUUGCUGCUGCUACGGUGGCAGCAGCAACUGCAUGGUGGGCAGCCCAUGGAUUACUCCCCUUAUGUGCCCCUCUCCAUGCUGCCUUUACCUGCUCUCCUGCUGCAACUGCAGUUCCAUCAGUGGAUGCGGGCCAAGUUCCUGCAGCCAGGACAGAAAGGAAGGAAACUACUCUCAGGAAUCCUCAUUUGCAAGAUCAGCAGUUGGAUCUAGAACGCUCUGAAGCUUUGCAAGCUCAAAAUUCAGCAUCUAAAUCACCAAAUGUGUCUUUGUCUGAUUCUGACGAGAGUGGAGGUCCAAAGCAAAAUACCGUGUCAAAAUCUACUGACCAUGAGAUGGCUGCCACAGCACCUGAUAUCCAUGAUCCGAGCAAAAUGAAAAACAGAAAACAGGUUGACCGUUCUUCAUGUGGUUCAAACACAUCUUCUAGUAGUGAAGUAGAGACAGAUGCACCUAAGAAGCUUGAAAAAGACAAGGAAGAGUCAAAAGAAGUUGAUCCUAACCAUCUGGCUAAUGAGUCUAGUAGUCGUCGCAGUAGAUGCAGUAGCAACACGAGUGAUUCAUGGAAGGAGGUAUCUGAAGAGGGGCGACUGGCUUUUCAAGCUCUCUUCUCCAGGGAGAUAUUGCCACAAAGCUUCUCUCCACCACAUGAUCUGAAGGGUGAGGCACACCGGAAAGAUAUCGUUGAAGAUAAGCAGAAUACAGAUGAGAAGGACGGAAACGCAUCACCUGUGAAUAUCACCAGCAUGAUACGUGAAUCCUGUACCAGCCAUCAUGAACUGGAGAAAAAAUACAGCGGGGAGAACGGGCUGCUGACUAUCGGGCUUGGACAUGGGAAGCUAAAGGCUCGUCGAACAGGAUUUAAACCCUACAAAAGAUGUUCAAUGGAGGCCAAGGAAAACAGGGUGAUGACCACCGGCUGCCAAUACGAGGAGAAAGGCCCCAAGAGGAUACGUGUUGAUGGGGAAGCUUUAAUUUAAUAUUGCAUGCUUAAACAAAGAAACCUUUGUUUCUGCAUGUAAUUUAUUAUUUCCCCCCUUUAUCCAUUUUCAUUUCCUGUUUAAAUUAGACCAUCUGCAGAUCACGAGAGUUAUCGUGCAAGUGUGUGUACCAUAUAUGUCUACUUUUGCUUGUUUACCUUAUUGAACCAUCCAACUGAAGUUAAAAAAACUCAUUGAAUCAGACUUUAGACAAUAACAAUCAGCCACUCAUGGGCCCUAUAAUCCUUUUCUUUCUAA